AUGCGCGCUUUCGAGCGGGUUAGUCGCAAUGGCGAGACUCUGAAGGAUCUGGCGAAGCACGUCGAAUACUUCACGACGGAAGUCAUUUAUCCUUUACGGGAGACCCUACAAAAAGCGGAUGGCUAUAAGAAGCUCGAAGGCAUCCUGGAACGGCUCAACAAAGACCUUGAGGAAGCCAUGGAGCCCUGGAUUCACUUCAAAGAUAAGAAGUAUCUGAAGAAGAUAUUCUUCUCUGAAGACGACAAGGAAGAAAUACAGGCUUUGGCCUCGGUGGUGAAACGAGCUAUUGAGAGAUACCAGUUGAGCGCGCAUGCGCGUGGGGAGCUUUCACUUAUCAGGCUCGAAGAUAGAGUCUCACAAGUCUCGCAAGGAGUCUCGUAUUGGCUCAUCAAUGCUCUUCCCCGUGCUGUCAAAGCCAGUCACACCGCGGCAAGGGAGGACGGGCUCACUUCCUGUCUACGUGGGACCCGGGAAGCUAUCUUGGCUGAUGUAUCGAAGUGGCUUCAUGAUGCGGAUGCUCCGGCAGUCUUUUGGCUAAGCGGCCCUGCGGGGACUGGAAAGUCUACUAUCGCGAAGACCAUCGCCGAAGAUGCAUCCCAGCACUCCAAUAUUGUGGUUGCGAGCUUCUUCUGCUCCACUCCGGAUGGUGGUCCUCUUGCUGAUCCCUGUUUAAUCAUCCCCACAUUGGCCUUCCAUCUUGCACGCAGCCAUAACUAUUACUUGAUCCUCUUCGAGCUGCCGGAACUGGGAUCAGAACGGUCUUAG